AUGCCUCUUAUCAGUGCAAAGCCACAUGUACUGAAUCCAAUCUGGAAGAAAAAGAAAGUUCGUGACUCAGAACAACCCGAAGAACCUGAGUCUAAGCCGGAAUUUAUUGUUCCAGAAACACAAGAAAUUUGUACGUCUGCUGAAGAAUUGCAACGAAAAAGCACAAUUUAUAAUGAAAGUAUAUGGACAUGUCGUGUUACUGGAAAGUCAAAUCUCACUUACCGUGAAGCACUGAAAACCGAGGCAACCGCGAUUAAGACGUUAAAAAAAUGCUUUCCGAAAUUUUUCGAGAAAACUAUUCUAGAGCGUAUUCAUUUGAGUACUUUACCUCUAGAAUCUCUGGUGCACAAUUGCUGGAUUGCGAUACAUGAACAAUUUCAUAUCGCUGAACCUGUAAAACUUAAAGUUGACUCUGCUUCCAGUAUACCCAUACGUGGAAUCAUUGAUGAUAUAAUCAAGUCUCAACCUGUACCACCACCCGUUCCAGAUAACACUUCACCAAAUAACAGUGAUAAAGAAAAUGUGACAAGAAAGAAUUCACCCGUCAAAAAAGAUUAUGCAUACAGUAUUAAAGUUCUUGCAGACAUCCCAGUUGUCGUACAUGAUAUUCCAGCUUGUUCAAUAGAUCGUGUCAGUCGUGCACCCACCAAAGAACACAUUCGGAUGUUUAUUCGCAGCCAUGCUAUGCGUUAUGGUCCAAAUUUUACGGGUCCAUGGAUUGUAAACGAAGAGCUUCUACGACGUCAUAAGAUACCCUUGAAAAGCCCUGGAUUUCAAGUUGAUAAAGUUAAGUUGAAACAAAUGUCAAAAACCCUUGAGGAGGAGCACUUCAUUCGCAUUAUGAAUUUACGACGUCAAGCCAAUGGAGAGGGUACAUCUGAGGAUGUCUCCACUAGCACACCACUUAAUUUCAAACGUAUCAAACGCUUUUCUGUACUUCGUGAUGACAGCACCAGUAGACAGAAGGAGGAGAAUGAAGACGACCUACCAUUAGCACAGUUAAAAGAUCGCAGUCAAAAUAAACAAUCAUCAGAUGAUGGGAGUAAAAAGAAAAUGAAACAGGCCACUUUGUUUCAAUUUGGUAAAAAAGAUUCUUCUAAGGAUGAAGCUACAGACUCAUCAACUGUCAAUCGUCCUAAAAAGAGUGUAUUACCUCGAGUUGCUCAACAUCUUAUAAAAAUGUUUGAAGAAAAUAAAGAUAAUCCGGCGAUUGAAAAUCAAAUAAAAGUUUGUGCAAAAUUCAUCACUGAUGUUGAUCUGCUGAAGCUGCCAGUUGAAUUACGUGAUCCUGUUCGAGAAAAGAAAGAGGAGUUCGCAUUCAGAAAAAAAUUAAUGGCUAUGACACCAGCUCAGCGGAAGGAAGCACUUCAAGAAAUGAAAGAAAAACGGAAAAUGGAGCGUAUUCAUGCCAACAAGUUAAUUGAUGAUUUACAACUUACAAAAUCCCUACCUCACUGUCCCUGUUUACCUGAACCUUCUAAGCUUGAAUUCCCUACUGGUUUUACAGAAUCCCUUUUUGGACGUUUACUAGGAUUAACAGAAUUUUUCCAUAUAUUCCAUAACCUGCUUGUUGAAGGAUCUAUGGAUGAUGCUGAUGCAGAUAAUGCAGCUGACAAUACUAACGUGUCUAGUUUCAUUCGCUCUCCGGUUGACUCCCUGGUACCUGGUUAUGGCGAACCUGGUUAUUCUGAUGACGAUGAUGAAGGCAAUACUGAUGAAGAGGAAGAGGAAGCAGAGCUAAUUGAAUCGACUGCUCCACUUCCUAAAAUAUGCAUCAAGGCCUUACGUCGUCUUGGAUUGAAACGUCUUCUUAAUGCUAUUACAACCAAUAGACCAACAGUUGGUGCAUAUCGAUCAUUAGCUCGUCCACUGAGUGUUCUAUUACGCUUAGUUUUGAAGGAUGAACAGUUAAGUAAAAAACGUGAAUUGGGUAUAAAACUUGCUAAAUUCCCUGUUACACCAUAUACAGCACCUGAACUGCUCAGAUUGACGCUUCUGCAUGAGGUUCCAUUGAAUCAUUCUUCUAUGGUUAAACCAGAGGAAUUCUUAAAACACGAUAAUCCAGUCACAGAGCUCAAGCAAUUUGAACGGAGUACUGUGAUACAACUCGUUCAUCACUUAUCAAACUCUGAUCUGCACGAACUAUUUCCGGAAGCCCGUGUAUUAGCUUUAGAAUCAGCUGUUGAAAAGAUUUUCGACCUUGAUCUUAUUGAUGAUCAUAUUAUGGCAUGUCAGCGUCGAGCAACUGAAGCAUAUCUAAAGAAGAUUCAGGUGUUACGUGGUAAGAAUAUACGAAAGAAGGACAAGAAAGAUAAUGCAGUCGAAACUGGCAAAGUCAACGGUACACCAUCUACGAAUCAAAAUGAUGAGUCUCUAUCAAAGGUGGAGACUUCUGCUACAACCGAGCAAAAGGACAAUGCUGAGUUCGAUAAUGAUUUGGCAUCCAUUGUAAAACGCCGACGGAUAAUGGCUGCACGAGCAGCUAUAGAAAGAGAAGAAAAAGAAAAUCUCGAACGUCAGCGACGUUUAGAGUUGGCUCAGGAACAGGCCGAGGAACGUGCGAUCAACGCAGUCACUCGACUUUAUGACACGCGUUCUGCAGAGGCUAAAUGCGUUUUCCGCGUCAAUCCUAUUGGUUAUGAUCGAUAUUAUCGUCGUGUCUGGUACUUCCAUUGCUCUCCUGAUCGUUUAUUUUUGGAGGCUAAUUGGGCCUGCUCUGAUAUCAUGUAUUCAGUUAACCCAUUGAAAGCUGAUCAAGAUGAUGAAGCAAUUCCUGAACCAGCUCAUUUAUGUGUACAUAAUGACCAGUUGAAGAAUGAUACACUAUUAUGCAGCUCUUGGAGCAGUUGGUAUUUUUAUGAUCGUCCAGAACAAUUGGAUGCAUUAUCAAACUCUUUAUUGUCAAAUGGUGUUCGGGAAUGUCAGUUAAAGAACAAACUGCUAACAGAUGGAUUUUUAGAAUCACUUAAACAAAGAUGGAAAAGUGCCCCUAGUAGUAGUAGUACUGAUACAAAUCCUGUCAAAUCAGAAGAUAUUACCACAGAUGCGACUCAAGUAGAUCCAGUGAAAAGUGUUUCUCUGAAGCGUAAUCUUAAUGCUGGAGCUGCUUUGGCGGGGGCACUAUUGAAGAACAUUCUUGAUACUGAAGUCCGCUUAAGAUCUGGUGGUCUGGGUGGUGUCCCUGACUUCACAGAGUGGCAAGAACGUUUGGCACAAGUGCAGACUUCAUAUGGAUUACCGCAUGAUUAUUUGAGUGGACAUCUAACAUCAAAAUCCACUUCAUCAUCUACGCCCAGUCAUCAGUCUCCAAACAGAGAAGGACUUGUCAAUGCACUAAUCGAUGUUGCUGAACAUAUAAUUCCACGAUUUUUAAAUGUACCUGAUUUAACCAGUAAAUCAUCACAAUUGAAUAAUGCUAUGCAAAAUCCCUCAGAUCAUCCUAGUACAGAUGUCAAGAAUCCAGUGGCUGAUCAUAUAUUAUCACGUGUCGCCAAAUAUUCAUCUGAUGAAGAAUCUGACUCUUCUGAUAGUAAUGAUCAGGAAUUAGAGAAGGCUAUUCUAGAUCCUGAAGCUCAUGAACAACGAACGCGUACUUGGUUAACAGUAUGGCGUAAUGAAGUUCAAAGUGCUCGUACACUGGCUCGUUUAAAUCUUUUACAUGCAUGUCUGGAUGCAUGUGUUCGUUGGGAGAAAUCAGUUGAAGAUGCUCGUUGUCGCGUCUGUCGUCGUAAAACUGAUGAUGACAAUCUACUGUUAUGCGAUGGCUGCAAUCUCGCUUUCCAUCUUUACUGUCUACGUCCACCACUGAAACGUGUACCAGCAGGUGACUGGUUCUGCCCAACCUGCCGACCAGCCUCACGUGCUCUCGAGAAGCGUAAACGUGAAGAACGCCUGGCAAGAUCUGCGAGACGUCGGAAACGCGCUGGGUCUUCUGAUGAUGAUGACGGGGAAAACGAAUCCGACGACGAUCGGGAUAGUAGCGCUGAAAGCGAGGACGUCCGGACGACUAGACGUCGAAAUCCUCGCCGAGCUAAAUCUCGGAAUGACUCGCAUUUAAAACGCUCAGUUAGUCCAUCGAGUCGCCAUCCAGUUUCCUCAAAAAGUAUCAAACAUGACACAUCUUGUCUUGUCUGUUCAGACACAAUCGGUGAUCUAGUAUCGUGUUCCGGUUGUCCAAAUAUAUUUCAUCUGGACUGUCAUGAACCUCCUCUACAUCAUAUCCCGCGUGGAGAUGCUUGGCAGUGUUCAAGUUGUCGGCUAAACAAAAAGCGUUCUGUUAUAACGUCUUAUUUUCAAAGCAGAGAUUACCGCCAGAAAGUCUAUCAAAGCAACUUUAAAAAGCGCACUGUCAGUCCCGAGGAACACAGUGAUGAUGAUGAAUUUGUAAAUAAUAAUUCGCAUUCUACCCGUUCAAUGCGUACUAGAAAUAGAUCCCAAAGAAGUGCUGCAAAUUCUGAUACAGAUGACCAACAACGAUCAAGUUUAGCCUCAUCGGAUGUCGAGAGUCGUUCCAAUAGUCAGCAGCCAACUUCGCGUCGUCGUCGUCGUCGAAGUGUUUCUCGGUCUGCAUCUGCACUUAGUGCACAAUUGAAAAAUCGCGCAAAACGCAGACGACAUAAUUCUUCUGAUCUAGAAGAUGAUAGUACUACGGAAACAGAACAAAUGGAUGAACAGUCGUCUCAGGCAUUGUGUUCUCAAAUUCUUGAGGCUGUAUUUAAGCAUAAACAAUCAUGGCCAUUCAGAAAACCUGUAGAUAGAAGUCAGGUGCCAGACUAUUAUGAGAUAAUUACCGAUCCCGUUGACUUGUCUAUGAUGCGUGAAUGGCUAUCAGAAGGACGGUAUACUACAGAGAAUGUAUCUGAAGGAUUAGAAAAAUUGGCCGGAGAUUUCGGUACUUUGUUUUAUAAUGCUGAAUUGUAUAAUGCUGCUGACUCGGAUAUUUGGCUAGCUGGAGAGCAAUUGGAGAAUUUCGUAAAAAAUCAGUUUGCUCAAAUGACUAAUGGUCAGUUGGAUAGUUUUUGA